ACGGGCGGCUGCAGCUCUCCGGGUCGGACGACUCCGAUUUCGAUGUGGGCGGGGUGCGCGCUGCGCUCCAGUCGCUCGAGGACGACGCCGAGUCUGCCGAGCGGGUCACCACGCCCGAGAAGCAGACCUGGUGGAAGAACAAGCUGAAACACUCAGCGAUGAGCCGCGCUGAGUCUGCCCACAGUCUGGUGCGGCCGUGGGAGAGCAGGCGGGACAUGGGUCGGACGAACGCGCGACACAGUGCCGGUACCCCUGUGACUGUCAAGGGGCCGUCGCAGCCCCCGGCCGCCGUCGGUAACGGUAACAGUAAGCGAGUCGGUGCCAGUGUGGACGCCAGUGCAGCUGACAAGCACCAGCGCGCCGCUGUGGCGCUCAGUGAGAGCUCGGAGGGCGAGGAGGGGUGGUGUUCCCCGGCGGAGGAUUCUGCCAACGGCUCGGACCGACGCAGUCCCUGCGUCAAGAUCGACGGACGAACCUCGCCGCGAUACGCAAUGCCGCUCACCAGUGAUAGCCAUGUGCGAAAGCCGUCCUUGUCCGUGAUCUUGAACUUGGAAAACAAAAACUCCCACCUUCGCGGCAUGUGCCCUCCGCGGAAUAGUGACUACGACGGUGCGCCGAAAUCGCGGGACAGUGAGCUCGCUGGUGCGCUUAAGUCGCCAGCACAAGUGCGGGGGACUGAAGAGCCGAGUUUUGCGCCGCCCGUGAGUCGGUCCCGCGGCCGACCGAAGCCAUCCGAGUCGGCGCCGCCGCCGCGCACCUCGGAAGUGAUGGCGCCGCCCCGCAAUGCGCCGUCGCUGAGUACUGAGACGAAGGGCUGGCCGGCGGGCGGCGAGUCGAAUUCGACUAACAGCGUUCAGGGCGGGCGUGAGCCGGUGCCGCGGGUGGCGGCCACCCCGGUGUCGGGCUCGCUGGCCGCGCCGUCCAGCGAGCCGUCAGUGCCCGAGUCGGGCGGUCCGACCCGUCCCGUCUCCCAGUCUCCGCCGUGGGCCGAGGACAAGGGACGGCCGCCGGCCACCACCGCCGGCCUGGCCACCUCGGACGCCCAGCAGCGGCAGUCGGUGGCGGAGCUGCUGAACUCGCCCAGCUCCCACCACGGCUCGCCCGCCUCCUCGUCAUCGUUCUCGUCCAGCAGCGCCCUGGUCACCACCACGGCUGCCACUGACACGGGCGCGGCAGCGUCACCGGCGCCCCGCCCCACCGGCUCCAAGGCGGACGGUACGGACCCCGACCAGGGCGGCGACCCGGCGCGCAACUCGCGCUCCAUGCUGAUCCGACGCAGGCGGAUCAAACUGCUCAAGCGCCGACAUAAGAACAUCGUGGACCCGGUGCUGCUGGCGGACGUUGAGGAGCUGGUCCGGCGGCUGGCCGGUCUGGGAAUGCCGCGCGGUGCCGGCCGGACGGCCAGUAAUUCAGGCGAGGUCCGGACUCCGGCCUGCUUCCAGACACGGAAAUACGGCAGGAAGCGCAAACCGCCGCAGGAGAAGGUGGCCAAGCCUGACCGCGAGGCUGUCGACGAUGUCGACAAGAAGAAGUCCAGCUCGCACCACACACCGGUCUGCCCACAGGAGGAUGAGAACAAGGAGCAGUGUUUGCCUCUCAAGAAGCGGUACCAUCAUAUCAGCCAGUCGCUGGCUGAGUCGAUAAGCUCCCUGGCCAAGUCAGCGUCUCUUCCAGCAAAAGCCGGAUUCUGUGCAAUGGAAUCAACUACUGCCUGCAAAUCAACGGCUCCUAGAGCCGAGAAAGUCUCCGACAAAGUUGUGAACAAGGCCCAAGAACUGUAUUCACCCGGGGACACUGGAAAGGGACCGGAUCGUGUGAAUUCUGUUGAAUCACAUGAUCACCCAUCUGUGAUAUGUAAAGCUUUGGUUAAGCGGCAGUGUGUCGAGUCGUCUACGAAGUCAGUCACUUCGAAGGUACCUUGCAAGCUCACCCUGACUAAGUCAGAACAAGCAAGUAAAAAGCAGUCAAUUUCUCGUAGUCGCGCGCAGUCUGGCGACGGAUCCCACAGUCGGGCCGGCGUCCACAAAGCACAAACUCCCGACAGGCCGGAGAACCAAAAGCAGACAGCAAAGCACAAAGCAUCGGACUUAGUGGAUGGAGGCCAGAAACUAAAUGCGAAAGCGGAUGAGAAAGGCGCAGUAUCUGCCAACAAGCGAGCUGUUACAGCCGCCUCAGAGUCGGCUCCCCCGGCCAGCACACGGCUGGCUGGCACUGCUGGCCAAGCGGCGGAAGGUUCAAAUGCGGUUUCUUCUACGAAGAAGUCGGACGAUGUCCAAACUCCAGGCGGCGACAAGACGCGCGCAGUGUCGCUCCCGGGACCCGAGGACCGCCGACGACGGCGGAGACCGACGGCCGACGCCGCCCCGUCCGGACACCCUGGCCGGCGGCGACGGUGGCGUCGUCGGCCCCGCUCUGGCUCUGAACGACCGGACUCGAAGACGGAGUCGACGGCAGAGUGUCCGCCUGUACCCUCGCCGCCGCCCGCUGAUGUUCCCACCGUCUCCGCGCCUGUGCCGACCCCGGACACCGCCCCUCCAUCCGGGAUACCCGCAUCAUGUCCCGACACUCCUGCUGUCUCUGUGACAGUAGAGGCCGUGGCAGCCCGGUCCGACUCUGUCCCGGCAAAAGUCGAAUCUGACCCGCCGCCAGUCGGUGACGUGUGUCCAGCCCCGUGUGCAGAGGGCCCAGCCGACACCCUUGCCAAGUCUCCCCAAGAUACCGCCGCCCUCACUGUGCGCCGUAAGCGGCGGAAAAUCAACCGCACCGGGUUUCCCAACAAGAAGAAGAAGGUUCGUCUCAAGUCGAGACCGCCGACGCCGGGCUCCACGGCGGCGGCGCCGGAGCCGGCGGUGGCGCUGCCCGAGGCGCCGCAGCCGGACGGCGAGCCGACGGCCGUGCCCCCUGCAGCGUCCUUGGCCGCCGCCGAUAAGGACAUGCUGCAAUCGGAGUGCCUUGGUCCGGAUACGGAGCCGCCAUCAGAGACCACGCCGGCCGAGCCGGAACACACUGCAAUGGGUGAGCAGCGCGCGCGGGAGCUGCGACGGCCGCGGCGGCCGGCGCCGGCCCGCCCGCGCCCCACUCAGCUGCAGCAGACGCCCGUCGUGAGACUCGACAAGAUGAGCGAGCCGCCGGUGGCGCCGCCGCGUCACGAGCAGCCUCCGUCGGGUGCCGCGAGCGACACCGGCUCCGAGGCGGCGCCGCCCCGCUCCGAGCCGGCGGACACGGGCCGGCCGGCCGCCCGACCGACCUCCCAUCGACUGGCCACCAGGAAACGGUCAAAGGCCACCACCUCGCCGGCGCCUAACAACAAGCGGGCCCGGGUCGACCGGACGGACCUUCCCUUCGUGGAAGACGACAUCUAUUUCGAAAGCGACCCACUAAUCUCUGAGUCUGGCCCGUCCAGCGAAGUUCCGUCCGGAGACGAGCUGCACCGGUCCGCUGCCACCACCGUCAAAACGCGAAUGGCCGCUCCCAAAUGGAAAAAGAAGAAAUACAUCACCGCUGGACUGUUCUCGGACUUCUACAAAGUGGAAAGCGAGAGUGAGCGGCCCGAGCUGAACAAGUCGCGGCUGACGUACGACCCGUCCGAGCACGAGCAUGGUCUGCUGCCGCCGCCCUGCUACGAGGAGAAGUGGCUGCGGCACCGGCCUCGCGACUUCACCCUGCCCUACGACCUGUGGUGGCUGCAGGCCAACGGCCAGCUGCCCGGCCGAGACGCGGUCGCGUCCUGGAACUACAAGAAACUGCGCACCAACUACUAUUUCGACGUGAAGCCGCCGCCGCCGCGCGAGGUGGAGGCGUGCUCGUGCCGGCCGCCGGUGGACCCGCAGCGGCCCGGCUGCGGCGACGACUGCAUCAACCGCAUGAUGUUCGUCGAGUGCAGCAGCAGCUCGUGCCCGUGCGGCGACCGGUGCGACAACCAGCGCAUCCAGCGACACCGCUGGACGCCCGGACUGGUCAAGUUCAUGACGGGCGAGAAGGGCUGGGGCAUCAUGACGCGGCGGCCGAUCCGCGCGGGCACCUUUAUCCUGGAGUAUGUGGGCGAAAUUGUCAGCGAGAAGGAGUUCAAGCGUCGGAUGCAGACGCGCUACAUCAACGACCAGCACCACUACUGCCUGAACCUGGAUCGCGGCAUGGUCAUCGACGGACACCGCAUGGGCAGCAUUGGUCGUUUUGUGAACCACUCGUGCUCGCCCAACUGCGAAAUGCAGAAGUGGGAGAUGAACGGGCUCCACCGUAUGGCGCUGUUCUCCAAGGAGGACAUCCCUGGCGGCACAGAGCUCACAUACGACUACAACUUCGCUUUGUUCAACCCAGCUGUCGGACAGAAGUGCCACUGCGGCUCGGAGGACUGCCGGGGGGUGAUCGGUGGCCGGUCGCAGCGCGUUGGGCCGCCGCAGACGGAGCGAGGCAGGGGACGCGGCGCCGGCACCACUACCUCCAGCACCACCACGAGCACCACUGGUGCGGCCGCCAGCACCACCGCCGGCGCCACCGGGCCGGGAGACGGCGGCGCGGCGGCACCAGUCCCGGCCGGCGGGGCGGCGUCCGCGGGCGCCGAGCCGGCCGGGGUGGCUCGCAACGAGCGGCGGCCGUCCGUCAGCUCGGAGCAGACCAGCGGCGAGACGGCCGCCCGGGAGCCGACCGCGCUGCCCGUGCGGCCGCUGUCGGCCCGGGACGUCCGCUUCAUCCGGCUCCACCGCUCGUUCCUCGUCCGAAACUACGAGAAGAUGCGGCGGCAGCGAGAGCCGCCUCUGGAGACGGCCCGGCCCGUCUCUCCGCCGGCCGGCUCCCAGGAGGAGACGUUCCGCGCCCACCUCCGCGCGCUGGACAGCUCGCGCUCGGUGCGCACCCGUCGGCUAGCCGCCGCCGAGGACGACCCUCAGAUGGUGCGCACCCUGAAACUGGCGCACAUCCUGAAGGAGAUCCACCAGGCGGUGGUGGCCAGUACGGGCGAGCACCCGGGCCCGAGUCCGGUCGAGGCGCUGACACUGCCGCGGAGGCCACGGGUGGCGGCCGCGCGUGACUCGGCCGAGGCGCCCUGCUCACUGCUUCCCGAGCCGCUUGACAUUGCCGAGAUCGAGCGGCACAUCGUGACCGGCCAGUACAAGACGGCCGACGCGUUCGACCACGACUUCCGUCGGCUGUUCACGGCCCAGCUGCGCGCGCACGGCCGCUGCUCGCCGAUCGGCGCCGCCGUGCUCCGGCUCAAACACAAGUACGCCGAGCUCAAGACGGUCAUGAUGAGCCAGAUCCAGGAGGUUCUGGGUGUGGUGCCCAGCAGCUUCCGGCCUCCGGCCAAGCGCCGACAGGACACCGGUCUAGACGGCGAGGAGGACACAAUCCGCUGCGUAUGUAGCCUGCACCGCGAGGAGGGCCUGAUGAUCCAGUGUGAGCGCUGUCUCGUCUGGCAGCACUGCGACUGCGUGGACGCCGACCCGGACGUCGAGAAAUAUGCCUGUGAGCUCUGCGAGCCGCGGUACCUGAGUCCCGAGGUGCGCCUGAAGCCGCAGCCGGAGGACGCCGAGCCGGGCCUCACCUACUACCUUUCACUGAUGCGUGACCAGCUGCAAGUCCGCCAGGGCGACUGCGUCUACAUCAUGCAGGGUGACAUGGUGCGGGCCGCUCAGGAGGCCGGCCAGGUGCCGUACAAGUUCGUCAAACGCCUGGUGCCCGACGAGCUGCUCAUCUUCCGCGUAGAAAAACUGUGGAAGGACGAAAGCGGCGCCCGGUUUGCGUUCGGCUACCACUACUGCCGGCCGCAGGAGACGUACCACGAGCCGACGCGCAAGUUUUUCCCCAAGGAGGUGAUGCGCUCGCCGCUGUACGAGGUGGUGCCGCUGGAGCUGGUGGUGGGCAUCUGCUGGGUACUCGACGUCAACACCUACUGCAAGGGCCGCCCGGUCGGCGCCAGCGAACACUCGGUCUACGUCUGCGAGUACCGCGUCGACAAAACGGCCAGGCUGUUCGCAAAGCUCACCAAGAACCGACAUCCCAUCUGCACAAAGGCGUUCGCGUUCGAUUCGUUCGAGACACGCUUGAAGAUCUCACGGACGUUCACUCCGCACGCCGAGGAGGUGGCACAGAAGAUGAAGACGGAGAAGGUGAAGGCAGCUAAACGAGACGAGGUUAACGCCGCGGCGCCCAAGGCGGCCAAACCGAAGGUGGUCAAAGACUCUGCCAAACAGGCGCCGCCGCCGGUCAAGGUGGAAACACCGGAUGAAAAGCGGGCGCGCCAGGUCCGCCGGCUGGACGGCGUGCUGCUGCGGCUGCUGGCGCGACUCCCCGGCCCGCCGCUGGACGUCUCACAGAUGCUCGGACCCGGCAAACGGCACCGGCGCCGGCCGGCCACUGCGCGCGUCUGACCCGGCGCCCGCUGCGCCGCCUGUCCCGGCUGCAGCACAUGAUCUUAGCACGCCCGCCCAGAAAUGCAAUCUGGACUGCGUGACCAAGGCUACCGAAUGUACGAUGUAUCUUAUGUUUUACGUUAUUUUUAGUGACAAAUGCGAGUCUGAUGUUUUUAGUGUUGACUUUUAUAGUGUUUUCUUUUUACGAUGGGCUCAAAGUCGAUGUUGAUGGUUUUGUACCAAGUGAUGAGCGAACUCCGGCAUCUUAUUCAGUCACAGCUUCUGAGUGUGUAUACCUAUUCAUUUAGUUAGUGGGCCAAAAAAUGGUUUUGUGCCCUUACAAAAUCCAUAUAACCUGGUUUUAACAGCUGGAUCUCCCCCCUUAGGAUUUUACGGCGAUAUAAAACGGAACAGAGUGAAGACUGAUGACUAACUCCGGUAACAUACGUUCGUGCUUCUCAUAUCGGCAUAUGCUUCUGCAUAGUCACACGCCCAGAACUUUGAUAAGGCAGAAGUUUCUGUUUGUCUGACUGAUCUAUGUAACACGAGACGGUACAAAAAUGGCGACAUGUAUCCGCCUUUGGGUAACCAGGCGAUGUCUGAGCGCGUGAGACUGGUGUGCUUAGUGUCUAUCGGGACGCCACUGUUGUGUGAGCGAGUGUCUGUGCGGGCUGCCGUGAUAUCUGAGAUGUGGACCGCGGUCCAGCUAGAUUUGGUAGAUGUUUGCACUGUGAUUUGUAAAGUCAGCAGAUUGGGGCCGGUAUAUUGAUGUCGCAGUCGGUAUGCUGAUGCGUGCCGCUAAUGUAUUUAUUCGCUGUAAAUAGUUUGCCGGAGCCUGCGGCCCAGGGCCCAUUGUGAUAUGUCUUCCUGUCGUUGACUCCUUUGGCUCCACAUCAUUGUUCGCCAUGUGAUUUUAUUCAUCACAUUUUUGCAACACGAUAAUAUACGUCACCGAACGCUA